UGCAGAACCGCUCUUCAUUUGGCUAUUUGUCUCGCGCACCAAAACUUAAACGGUCUCAAAGCUUCCCUUGUUCAGCUGAUCUUCAUGGAUACGAUACGUAAAAAUCUCUCCUCCCUCUCUGGGGAUAUACUACUCCACUCAGAGACGAUGUCCAAGAAGAAAAACAUCUUCCCAUCCAAUAUCAGUUUGAUGAUCGUUAGUAAACUCGUGCCUUCCAAAAAGUUUAUUCGAUGUCACCUUCCGUAUCGUCCUGAGAAUCUAUCGGUCUGUCUCAUUGUCAAAGAUGUUGAUAAGUUAGAUUACAACAAAACCGUUGAUGCAUGGAAACUCCGCUGGAAGGCGGAUAGUUCUGCAGUUCCUAUCUCCUGCGCUGUUCCCACAUUCCUACCCCUUCGAGAACUCAAAAUCGCCUACCAAACGUUUGCCGCCAAACAGCGACUGUCAGCUACUUUCGACUUGUUUCUCGCUGAUAGGCGUAUCAUGCACCAUCUUCCAACGAAGUUAGGAAAGGCUUUCUAUGGUAGAGCUCGCGGCAAGACCCCAGUCCCCGUGGACAUUGCAAAGCGUAAUGUCGUGCAAGUUGUCGAAAAUGAACUGGCCACGACUCUAUUCCAGAUACGUGGUUUAGGAACCUCAGAGAGCAUCCCAAUCGCAAAUACACAUACUCCUUUGAAUCAGCUUAAAGAUAAUAUUCUUCAUGUGUGCGAAAAGGUGUGCUCUGAUUGGCCAGAUGGAGGUUUGGAUAACAUCCGCUCAAUGUACAUUCAAUGUCCUAAGGGAAACAUACCAAUUUACUUUGAUCCCUCCGAAGCGCCCGUUCUUCAGAUUGAUUCUCGCAUGAACCAUUUGAACAAGCAAGACCAGCGCGUGCCGCCACUCACACAGUCUGCGCAGAAUGGAGCUCCUGAGAAACCGCUGUUGACUUCUCGGAAGAUGUUGACCGCUGACCUGCUGGCACAAGUAUCCGAAGAUUUACCUAUUCCUUCUGGUGGACUAACAUCCAGAAAGAGAAAUGCGCUAGGAAGAUCAAAGCCCUCAGACACACAUAAGAGGACAAAGCUCCGCAAGAAAUAAUACAUUGCAAUAUUUUUGUUUGUUUUAAUAUGAUACUUCCUGACGCCUUAACCUUUUAACAUUUAGUAGCAGGGGGUUUACAUUGACCAAUAACUUUGGGAGCACCGUUCUCUG